GGCUAGCUGCGAAGAAGCUCUUCUGUUACCUGAUCUCGCUCGCUUCAUCGCUCACCCAGUCGCGUGCAUCACGACAGCCUAGCCAUGAACGCCGCCGUCCUCCUGGCCGCCAUCGUGGCGCUGCUCUUGGUCUCCGCCGUGCGGGGCGAUGACGCCUGCGGGUCGCCGGAGUCGGCGGCGCAGGACCGCGCGCGGGCAAACCCUCUAAAAAUCGCGGCCUUCUUCUCCAUCCUGGUCUGCGGGGCGAUGGGCUGCUCCCUGCCCGUGCUGGGGCGGCGGGUGCCCGCGCUCCGGCCCGAAGGCGACGUCUUCUUCCUGGUCAAGGCUUUCGCGGCGGGGGUCAUCCUCGCGACGGGGUUCAUCCACAUCCUCCCCGACGCGUUUGAGAACCUCAAGUCGCCCUGCCUGCAGCCUUGCGACGGGCCGUGGCAGGACUUCCCGUUCGCCGGGUUAGGAGCCAUGGUUGGCGCCAUCGGCACGCUCGUCGUCGACACCGUCGCCACGGGGUACUUCACGCGCGCCCACUUGAACAAGGACGGAGCCAACGCGGCGAUAAGUAGCAACGCCGCCGGCGUGGACGAGGAGAAACAGGCUGCUGCCGAGGAAGCGCGCCAUCACGACGGCGAGGAGCACGACGUACACGUGCACACGCACGCGACGCACGGACACGCCCACGGGUCGGCGGCGCUCGUGGCAGCCGUUGGCGGGGCAGAUGACGAAAAGGACACGAUCCGGCAUCGCGUAAUCUCUCAGGUACUUGAGUUGGGUAUUGUGGUGCACUCGGUGAUCAUCGGCAUCUCCCUCGGCGCGUCUCAGAACCCUGAAACAAUCAAACCUCUUGUGGCCGCCUUGAGCUUCCACCAGAUGUUCGAGGGAAUGGGCCUUGGUGGCUGCAUAGUUCAGGCAAAGUUCAAGGCUAGGUCCAUCGUGAUCAUGAUCCUCUUCUUCUGCCUGACAACGCCGGUGGGAAUCCUCAUCGGCUUUGGCAUAUCACGGGUGUACAACGAGAACAGCCCGACGGCGCUGGUGGUGGAGGGCAGCCUCAACUCCGUGGCAGCGGGGAUCCUCAUCUACAUGGCCCUCGUCGACCUCCUCGCCGCGGACUUCAUGAACCCCAAGGUGCAGAGCAGGGGGAAGCUGCAGCUUGGCAUCAACGUCUCCAUGCUGGUUGGUGCAGGCCUCAUGUCCAUGCUCGCCAAAUGGGCCUAGUCGCAAGCGUACAACAUGAAACAGUUUUGCUCCAUGUCAUAUGUACAGACGUACCUCUAUUGGGUCGUCGAGUUUGAAACGAUAUAAUCUCCCAAACUAGGUAAUGCCAACCCAGUAGCGUGUCUAAAGAAAACCUGUUUUGGACCGAAAGUUUGGGAGGUGCAGAAAGCGUGAGUGUUUAUCGCAAGGGAUGUCGACGUUAUGUCGCCAGCUUUGACAAGUCUUUCAACCAAAACUGAUGGAAAGAAAUUAUUCACAUAGAUGA